UUUCAAUUUACAACAUGCGCUGGUUCGUUUAUGUUAGUGUUUACUUAGCCAACCUCGCGUUGAUCCGCUCCCAACAAGUUGGUACGAUGAACCCCGAGGUUCCACCGGAGAUUACCAUCGACAAUUGUACCGCCAAGGGCUGUGAGCCCCUCAAGGGUGGCGCGACGAUCGACGCCAAUUGGCGAUGGGCUUAUAACGUCGACACGAAGAAGAACUGCUACACCGGAAACUUGUGGAGUAAUCAAUUUUGUCCUGAUGGGGAUGCCUGUGCCCAGAACUGUGCUCUUGACGGUGCCAGCUACAAGGACACCUACGGCGUCACCACGACCCCCAAGGGCUUGAAGCUCACCUUUGUCACCAACGGCCCAUACUCGAAGAACUUCGGCUCGAGACUCUACUUCACGAUGCAAGAUAAGUACUUCAUGUUCAAGCUCAAGAACAAGGAGUUCGCCUUCACCGUCGACGUCUCCAAGUUGCCCUGCGGUCUCAACGGCGCCCUUUACUUCUCCGCCAUGGAAGAAGACGGAGGCAAAGGUGUCGGUAACAACAAGGCCGGUGCCAAGUAUGGAACCGGUUACUGUGACGCUCAGUGUCCCCAAGAUGUGAAAUGGAUCGGUGGAAAGGCCAACUCCAAAGGAUGGAUCCCUUCAAAGACUGAUCCCAACUCCGGCACGGGUGAGAUGGGCAGCUGUUGUCCUGAGAUGGACAUCUGGGAGGCCAACUCGGUUUCGCAGGCGUUCACUCCCCAUCCUUGCAAAAGUCCCAAACCCGUGGUCUGCAAAGGAGCAGCUUGUGGCAAUGGGGACGGUGACCGAUACAAGGCUGAAUGUGACAAGGACGGGUGCGACUUCGCUUCGUACCGAUGGGGCGCCAAGGAAUUCUACGGACCCAGUAAGAAGGUAGAUACCACCAAGAAGUUCACCGUCAUCACCCAGUUCAUCACCAGCGAUGGUACCGACACCGGGCCGCUCUCUGAAAUCCGAAGACUUUACGUCCAAGACGGGAAGACCAUCAAGAACGAAGCCGUCAAGAUCCCCGGACUCGCCAAGCCGGCCGAUUCAAUCACCCAGGGUUUCUGUGACGCAACCAAGAAGGCCACUGGCGACAUCAACGACUUCAAGAUCAAGGGAGGUAUGAAAGCGAUGGAUGCUGCGUUGGAGAGAGGAAUGGUCUUGGUCUUCAGUUUGUGGGAUGACCACAUGGCCCAGAUGAACUGGCUCGACUCCAACUACCCACCCACCAAGCCAGCCACCGCUUUCGGAGUCGCCAGAGGUACUUGUGACGCCAAAGCCGGUGACCCAGACAACGUCCGCGCCAAGUUCCCUGACGCAACAGUCGAAUUCUCCGAAGUCAAGAUCGGCCCCAUCGGUUCCACUUCGAAAACUACCGGCUCCUCAUCUACUUCUAGCGGCGGUAUCGGAAGUAAAUCAACUUCAACCUCCGGCAACGGAGCUUCAACCGGCAACGGAGGCUCAACCGGCGACGGAGGUUCAACUCCACCAAGCGCCGGAAACGGAGGGAAGAGAUACAUGGCAUUCCGUUCUUGAUCUGUUGCUCGUUUCGAUCCACUCCUUUCUCCCUUUUUCUUCUUCUUUCAAAC